UCUCUAUAGGAUUUUUUUUUAUAAUUUCAAAAUGGAUUUCAUUGAGCAAUUCAAAAAUACUACAUUGACACUUCCCAAGCUUCCCGCUCACUAUAUCGACACGAUCCGUGCGGAAAACGGACAAGUGGUGAGUCCUAAAAUAUGCCAGAUCAUCUCCAAAGCACUUCCAAGCAGCCCUUUGGUGCUGCCGUACAUAAAACUACGAUUCUUAGUUACAAAGUGUUAGCUGAGGGUGAUGGUGUCAAAACGGUAUACAAAAUGUUAAUAAAAGAACCUCCGAAUAUUGAAGAGUAUUAUCCGGGUGACACGAUUGGAAUUUUGACACAGAACUUGUUGUCUGAUGUGAACUUUAUGCUGGAGCGUUUCCAUUUGGUUGAAAUUGCCGAUUGCGUAUACGAAGUACGGUUGGCUAAACCUGUUAAAAGGAAAAAUCCAGAAAUACCGUCAUAUGUACCCAAAUUUAUUACACCGAGACGUUUACUUUCAGAGUGUUUGGACUUUAGAAUCAUACCACGGAAGAUAUCCCUACAGGUCUUAGCAAACUAUACCUCCGAUCCGUGCGAAAAGCGAUUGCUUGAAAUCCUGGCCUCCAAGGAAGGGGCAAGUUUUUACAGUGAAUUUAUUCUCAAAAAUGAGAUGAAUUUAAUGCAUUUGCUAAAAAUUCUAUCGUCGUGUCGACCCUCACUUGCGACGUUGAUUGAACAUUUCCCUCGAUUACAAGCGCGCCCUUAUUCUAUUGCAAACUUCAAUCAGAAAGGACACAUAAGCAUCGUAUUUGCGAUGCUGAAUAAUGGAAAGAUUGGAAUCACCACCACAAUGCUAGAAAACAAACUUCUCUAUGCCACGAGAUACGAUAAAAAUAUUUAUAUGUACCUACGACACGUAAAACCCGUGUUUCAAUAUCGGGAAGAGGAUCUGGAGAAAAAUAUUAUCAUGAUUGGUCCCGGGACAGGCAUUGCGCCAUAUAUGAGUUUUCUAGAAUAUCGCAAACGAGGUAAGCAACUCAACAAAAAGGCAAAGCUAGGUUCGGCAAUAUUAUUAACCAGCUGUAGACAUCGGGACAGGAAUUAUUUAUUUAAAGAUGAAAUACAACAGUAUGUAGAACUUGGCCUAUUGGAUCAUGCGUACGUGGCAUUUUCUCGCGAUAAUGACUCCCGAUAUAAAUUCGUUCAAGACAUAAUAGAGGACAAGAAGGAGGAAAUAAUCAAGCUUCUGCUUGAAGAUAACACUAAGUUGUACUUGUGCGGCGAAGGUCGAACGAUGCUGCCGAAAAUACAAGACAUGAUCGCCACGUGUUUGAGCAAAAUUAAGUGUAUUCCUAAAGUGGAAGCCGACGCACUCAUGGCUGAAUAUAAAAAAAUAGGCAGAUAUCUUUAUUAUUCUAUGAUACGCUACUGAUAUUAGACAUGAAAAUAAACCUGUGAAAUAGCAGAAACGUUCCUUUAGUGUCUAUCGAAAAUUCCACAAUUUAAAAUAAUGUGUUCGCUUAUAAUAAAUAGGGAAGAGUGAUCAUCUUAUUAUACGCCUACAGUUCUGAUACAUUCGAAAUGACACUAUAAUUACAGAAAAAACUCCAUAUGUUCACCACAACGUUAUGGCGUUGGGGAUCACUUAACUAGGAAUGGAAAAUUUAUUGAGUAAAUAAUUGAAU